AUGACGAAAAUGAUUAAAAUAAGUGGAAGUGUAUUACUCCUCUUAUGUGUCUCACUACAAUUCACACAAGGAGUUCGUGUCUCACAAUCAGGCCAAGCGCCUAGAAUUUUUAAAGAUCCCAAACUAGAUCAAUCGACGGCGUCAUCGUGGUGGCGACCCGCCGUUGGAACACCAAAUCUCUUCUCAGCGACACACGGUGUCGUCCAAACACACCCAGCUUUAGGUAGUAGUAUUCCACAUGCCGCUAGUCCAUCGCCAGCAACGUCGUUGCGUGGCUCUCUGAGUGUCACGCCACGUCCUGGCACUCUGACGCCCGGCGGCAAAUCGCCCUUCCGUCACUUGGACUACUCCAGUAGUGCGACAGCGGAACUCCGACGAAACCCAAGUUUAUCGGCUCCGGAUGAGUGCGCACGUGCCUGCCGCGAAGGCGAACCACCAAGAAUCUGCUAUUACCAUUUCACACUUGAGUUCUACACCGUUUUGGGAGCUGCUUGCCAAUUGUGCCAACCAAAUGCCACAAAUACCGUUUGGAGUCAUUGUCAAUGCGUGUUGGCCGAUGGUGUGGAACGUGGUAUCUUGACGGCAAACCGUAUGAUUCCCGGACCCAGUAUACAAGUGUGCGAGGGCGACAAAGUGGUGAUUGACGUCGAAAAUCACAUGGAAGGCAUGGAAGUGACAAUCCAUUGGCACGGUAUUCACCAACGCGGCACACAAUACUACGAUGGCGUGCCAUAUGUCACGCAAUGUCCCAUUCAACAGGGCACGACAUUCAGAUAUCAAUGGACCGGUAAUGCUGGCACCCACUUCUGGCACGCUCACACUGGCUUACAAAAAGUCGACGGUUUGUAUGGCAGCGUCAUCGUCAGGCAGCCGCCCUCACGUGAUCCCAAUUCGCAUCUCUACGACUUUGACUUGACGACGCACAUCAUGUUGCUGAGCGAUUGGUUGCACGAAGAUGCCGCCGAACGUUAUCCAGGUCGCUUGGCUGUCAACACCGGUCAAGAUCCCGAAUCCAUGUUAAUUAACGGCAAAGGGCAAUUCCGUGACCCCAACACCGGCUUCAUGACAAACACACCGCUGGAAAUUUUCACCAUCACCCCAGGACGUCGCUACCGUUUCCGCAUGAUUAACGCUUUCUCGUCCGUUUGCCCGGCCCAAGUUACCAUCGAAGGACACGGCUUGACGAUUAUCGCAACAGACGGCGAACCGGUGCACCCCGUGCAAGUUAAUACAGUUAUCUCAUUCUCAGGUGAACGUUACGACUUUGUGAUAACGGCAGAUCAACCGGUCGGUGCCUACUGGAUCCAAUUGCGUGGUUUGGGCGAAUGCGGUAUCAAACGUGCUCAGCAACUGGCCAUAUUGCGUUAUGCUCGCGGUCCAUAUCUACCUGGUUCACCGCCACCAACGUACGACGUCGGAAUUCCUCAGGGUGUGGUUUUGAACCCCUUGGAUGCCCAAUGUAACCGUCAACGAAACGACGCCAUCUGCGUCAAUCAAUUGAAGAACGCCAAGGAAAUCGAUCGUGCCUUGCUCCAAGAGAAACCAGACGUCAAAGUGUUCUUGCCAUUCAAGUUCCAUUUGUACCGCGUCGAAGAUUUGUUCCAGCCCAACACUUACAACAGAUUCUUAGUCGCUCCAACUGGCGAUCACGUCAUCUCGCUUAUCGAUGAAAUUUCGUAUUUGUCGCCGCCCGCCCCACUUUUGUCCCAAUACGACGAUAUCGAUCCCGAGCAAUUCUGUAAUGGCGAUAAUCGUCCAGCGGAUUGCGGUGCUAAUUGCAUGUGCACACACAAAGUUGAUAUUCCCUUGAAUGCCAUUGUCGAAGUUGUUCUCGUUGAUGAAGUACAACAACCGAAUUUGUCGCAUCCCUUCCAUUUGCAUGGUUAUGGCUUUAAUGUUAUCGGUAUUGGUCGAUCACCUGAUACUACUGUUAAGAAAAUUAACUUGAAACACGCUUUGGACUUGGAUAGACGUGGAUUGUUGCAUCGUCAAUACAACUUGCCGCCAUUAAAAGAUACGAUCGCUGUGCCAAAUAACGGUUAUGUCGUCCUUAGAUUUAGAGCUGAUAACCCAGGAUUCUGGCUUUUCCAUUGUCAUUUCUUAUUCCACAUCGUCAUUGGUAUGAAUUUGGUGUUGCAAGUUGGAUCUCACGCAGAUUUACCUCCAGUGCCACAAGGUUUUCCAACGUGUAACGACUUCUUACCGCCCGUUGAUAACAUGCCGCUACCAUAUGGUCACCAUGGAUAA